AUGUCAUUAACAUUGAAGCUCUCCUCGUUGGUGAUCCGGACCCUGUCCAAGCCAAUCGCUUCUCAAAUCAAAGCCCAGGCCCGUGAACAUGAACGAUUCCGCAAGGUCUGCGUGUCUAUGGCACAAGCUCUUCACCGAUUCGAUAUGCGUCUCAGACUAGGCACCCUACGCGAUACUGCCGCCUCACAACGUCAAGCCGCCGCCGCCGCCGAGGCUCGAAAACAUAAGCCUUCAAGCCCCACCGUUCGAAACGAGGCCGAGACAAAAGCUGCAGAGGAGGCAGAGGCCAAGGCCAAAGCUGCGGCAGAAGAGGCAGCGAAGCCCCACCACUAUCGUAUCCGUCCCCUUUCCGAGUCUAAAGCUAUCGAGUCCGGUGCCAAUUUUAUCUCUGAAUCCUUCCUCUUUGUCGUUGCUGGAGGUCUGAUCCUCUUUGAGUCGUGGCGCUCACGGAAUAAGGAAAGCACCCGUCGGGAAGGUGUCGAGGGAAGGUUGGCAGAUUUGGAACAAUCUGAGCAGGCGGCACGGGAAGCUUUGGUGGCACUAGAAAAGGAGCUGCUCCAGCUAAGAGCAAAGCACGGCGACUUGCCCAAGUUGCCUACGAAGAGGAUUCUGUCUCCUGAGAUAUACGAACAACCCCCGGAGCCAGAUACACCAGAAGUCGCGCAGGGGUGGCUCUCACGUAUUUCCUCGUACAUUUCUUUUGGUCAAAGUGCCGAGACGACGACCGAGUCUGCGCCUAAUACCCAGCCCACAACAGAAAAGGCUGCAUCGACAACUCAGUCUCCGGACCAGUCUGCUGCACCGGCUAGUCAGGCCCCAUCAUCUGCAUCGAAAAGCUCGUGA